CUCGCAGGGCUCGAGAACCCUGUUUAGUUCAUUGGAUUGGGGAUGAUGGGACGGUAUCGGUAACUGGGGCUACCCCGUACCCAUACAUUGCAUGCACGUGCACAACCCGAUUCCUUUUGCGCUCGGUUUCAACCAUCCGGGAACAGUGUUUGUCUAGCUGCAAUCGCGUCGUAACUGGUGGUACGACAAAGAUGCGCUAGAGUCAACGUGUCCACAUUCAGUCCAGGUCUAGAUCGUCCGGCGAGUGGUGUGUAUGUGUUGCGUUGGUGCAUGUGGACGGUAUUCACGAAAGUUAUUUGCGGUAGCUUUCCAGAACGGCCCAAGACUCGGCAAGUAAUACGCGGUUGCUGUGACACAACGGAAAUAUCUUGCGCUCCUUCAGGAACCUUCAGGAGCUGAGUGGAAAUUCUCCUACAAAGCCAUUACGAGCAAAGGCCAACAGCAGCACUACCAUCCCCAAAGGGUAGCUCUACAUUUUAGCAAACAGCUCAAGCACAACAAUUCACGAAACGGUGGACAUACUGCUGCUGCUGCAUUGUUGACCAGAGGCUGGUUUGACUAAAUUUCCCGGGAACCUUUUGCCGAAAGCAAGGCUACUGGCGCCGUUUCGGUUUGGUAUUUGUUCGGCUUCUCGGUGUACGAUACACGCGGAGAAUACUACGGUGUCACGUUCGAUGCGUAACAUUGCUGGCUGGGAGUGCCGAUAGCGUAGGACGGCAAACCUUGGACGACGGCUAGCGUUCCGCCACAAAUCGUCCGAGUUUCUCGGCGCCCAUCCCAACGUGCAAACGCUGGAUGGUUCACAGCAGGGUUUGAAAACCGUUGAAAACCGAUAAACCACCAACACCGUCAAGCUGGGUAACUGCAUCGAAAGUGUUGCCGUGAUCCAAUCCAAAUUUGUCAAGCGCGGUCCAAUGACACCGGUGCUGUACUAUGUGCCACCAUCGCCACCCUGCCGAUCGGUGCUGCUGCUGGCCAAACUGAUCGGUGUCGAGCUGGAGCUGAAGGCCCUAAACGUCAUGGAAGGCGAACAGCUAAAGCCAGACUUUGUAGAACUCAACCCACAGCACUGCAUACCGACGCUGGACGAUCACGGGCUGAUACUGUGGGAGAGUCGAGUUAUUCUAGCGUAUUUGGUAUCAGCUUACGGAAAGGACGAGAAUCUCUACCCGAAAGAUUUUCGCUCCCGUGCCAUUGUCGAUCAACGCUUGCAUUUCGAUCUCGGUACACUCUACCAACGGGUGGUCGAUUACUAUUUUCCAACCAUUCAGCUCGGUGCACAUCUAGACCAAACCAAGAAGGCAAAGUUAGCCGAAGCGCUCGGUUGGUUCGAUGCAAUGCUGAAACAGUACCAAUGGUCGGCGGCUAACCACUUCACGAUAGCGGACAUUGCGCUUUGCGUGACGGUGUCGCAAAUUGAAGCAUUCCAGUUUGACCUUCAUCCCUAUGCACGUGUCCGGGCUUGGUUGCAGAAGUGUAAGGAUGAGCUGCAAGGGCACGGUUACAAAGAGAUCAACGAGACCGGUGCCGAAACGUUAGCGGGACUGUUUCGAUCGAAGCUGAAACAGUAAAGCACCAAUUUGAAGAACCUUUUUUUCUAUAAGCAAUAAAACGAUGAGCUCGCAAUAUGAUUACUAAAUCUGUCAUUAGACACUAGUUUGUAGGAAAUUUGUUGUUAAAAGCUAUAUUUUGUUAAAUAAAUCAUAUCAAACAA